AUGGAAGAGGGCGAUUUUCUGAUUGACUCGAGCGAAGAGUGCGAGAGGUUGCGUAUGUUCAUCGAGUCACAGGCUGUUAGAGCCCCACGGCGCGCGCGAGCCAAGAGGAAGAGACCGGAUCCAGCAGGCUCUACCCUUUCUACUCAGGAUUCUUUGGAUAAAAUGAAGUCCAAGUUCAGAAUUUCGGGGAACGUCAAGUUCGUGCUCCCGUCGCCUCAAGAUCGCGCUGACGAGCCGCCUCCUGGACACAUUACGUUGUAUGAGAGUUUUGUGAAGGGGAGUCUUUUGUGGUUCCUAUUGCCGAACUUGAUCGUGCGCUACUUGCGGAAGUACGGCCUCGCUUUUUCUCAGAUUGCUCCACGGGGACUGCGGCAUCUUGUUGGGAUCUUGGUUCGCUCCUUCGAGUGCCGCGUCGAUCUUCAGGUCUCGCACUUUCAGAACUUGCAGGAGAUUCGCGGCGCUAAAAGGUCUCAGAGAUACUACCUCUCCAGCAAGCGGGAUCGGCGGGUCAUCACUGGUUUUCCGGAGAAAGAUCAUUUUUGGGAUGAUUAUUUUUUGUAUGUCCUUGUCGACGAGUUCUCUGUGCAAAAAGAUUGUCUUUCUUUGAUCAGGACUACGCCGGGACCACUUGUUCGUCGCUACUUCCCUCACUUUCCGGAUAACUUGUUCGAGGUCCAGCGGUUGUUUGCUUCCAAGAAGGUUGACUGGAAACGAGACUUCAACUUUGAACGUGUUGAGAGAGCUCGAGCCGCGCGUUCUGACUUCAGAGUUUUUGAGCUGUCCGACGAUCCAUCUCCUACGCGUUCUGAGCUUCGUCGCAUGAUGGCUCCCCGACCUUCUUUCCGCGAUAAGAGAGAGAGAGAGCGCAAGCAGACUUCUCUUGACCGUUUUGCGCCGAGCUCUUCCGCGAAGACCCCUGUCGUGCCGAGCUCUUCUGCGAAGACUCCUGUCGUGCCGAGCUCUUCCGCGAAGACUCCCGUCACACCACGAACCGACGAGCCGAGGCUGCCGCCCACUUUGGACCUGAAGAAGAAAGGAAGGUCGACUCCUGGUACUUCGAAGGUGAUCCCGCCUCCUUCAGACUCUCAGCGCCGAGCUGCUGCGGUUGCUCUUCCUCCUCCGCAAGAGGGCGUUGACGCGCCUAGCCGCAAGCGACUUGUCCCGGAUAAGGAUGCGCCGAGCCACAGUACCGAGAAGAAGAAGAAACGCGUUGCUGAUUCUGAGAUUACUAAGGAUGGCGAGCCGAACCGCGAUUGUGCCGCCGUUCGCGUCGUUUCGCGUUCUUCUUCUUCGUCGCGGGUUGGGUUCUUAUCGGUGGAUGCGCUCUCGCAGCCCACGGUUUAUGGCGAGAUGUCCAGCCAAGGAUCGAGGCUCGUCGAGUUUAUCAACAAGAUGGUGCUCGAGUAUGAAGAGAAGGCUCGCAAGGAUUUCAGCAGACUCGGUGACGAAGUGAAGAAGGUGGCGGAUCUCAAUAAGAAGCUUCUCGCAACGACUUCCAAGAAUGAAUCCGAGUUGGAGAACGCCAUCGAUACACUUACUCUUAAGCACGAGACCGAGAUGGAUUUGAGCGUGUCAAAGGCUGCGAGGCUUGAGAAGGAGAACGCCGCUCUCCGGAACGACUCGGAGUUGAAGUCUGAUAUUCUUGCGGCUGCCGAGCUCCAGAAGGGCAAGGUUGAGGGUGCGCUUGCUUCACUGAAGGAUAAGCAGGAGUCCGCUGUUCGGGGAGCGCGGGAAGCCCUUGAAUGCGAAUUGACGGAUGAGUUUCAGUCGAAGAUUGCCAAGGUUAGGUUGGCUCUCAGGGCGAUCGCAGAUGCGAAGGACAAAGAGGUGGAGCUCGCUCAGAUGGAGGCGAACCUGGAGUUCAUCGACCUUCUUCAAGGCGCCAAGCCACCUUCUCUUGAUGCUGAGGUGGUUAAGCUCAAUGGUUAUAAGGUCGAGUUGGGGGAUGCGUAUGGGAAGCAUGAGGACAUAGUCGCCGGUCUUAUCGCCGAGCUAGGGUUGCUGCCCUUUACUCCCAUUUCGUCUCCCGUCGCUCUGGACAUCGCGUCUAAGUUCCGAAGUCUCCCAUUUUGGUCCUCGCCAGUUAUCCGCGAUCUGGAGAUUGUUGUAGAUGCUGACCCGAAGCCCGCCUUUGACGCCGAGCCGGCUGAGAGGAUCGCCGAGUCGGUUGGAGUCAUUGAUCAGCACGGCACGAACAUGGAGACGCGAGCUGACGGUGAUGCCGAGCUCGAGGGGGCUUCUGGGCUCGCGCGCGAGUAG